CCAGCGCGCCUCACGUUGCAUGGGUGCCCGGUUAUUGAUAAGACGAAUUCGGCCGCUGGGAUCCAUCCCAGUAACGUGGAACUCGUGGAUGAGAAGAACUCGACACACAGGAAGGCAACACGGAGGGAAGACGGAACAACGAAUGUGUCAUUAUCACGGACAAACAGAGAGCAGAGUAGCCCACCCCUCACUUGACAACGCGGCAUCAUUAUCACCAUCCAGGCAGAAAGGUUUACUUAUCAUCUCUCCAUCCUUCAUCCACCCUAACCUGCCGUGUUGGGGAAACCCCUGAUGAGUGGGACCUGUAUCCAUGAGCCCCGUGCCCCUUCCCCCUCCCUGUCAGGCUUCAGCACCCCCAUCUCAGAGCCCCCCUAUCGAAGACUGGAUGGAGACACUCCCGCCUGCACCCCGGAAACGGACCUGACCCCCACACAGUGUGUCCUCCGUAACGUGCUGUCCAUCGACACUGGCGGACCGGGGGCGCCUGGUGGAAGCAGCCCCACCCCCAGUGAUGGACCCUCAGCCCACUUUGACAACAGCGUGCUAAAACUGCAUGAACAUGAGGUCUGCCAGUGUGGCGGUGGGGCCGAGGCAGGGCACAGUCCAGAGGCUGGUGCCGUCCGCAGCCAGUCGGAGAACAUCCGGCUGCAGUCGGGAAGUGGAGGGUUUUUGGAAGGACUCUUUGGCUGCCUAAAACCAGUCUGGACCAUGAUUGGAAAAGCCUACUCCACUGAACACAAGCAUAGCCAAGAAGAGUCCUGGGAGGUUCCUUUUGAGGAAAUCUCCGACCUACAGUGGGUGGGCAGCGGGGCGCAGGGGGCCGUCUUCCUCGGAAAGUUCCACGGAGAAGAUGUGGCUGUGAAGAAGGUUCGGGACAUCAAAGAGACAGAGAUCAAACACCUCCGCAAACUCAAGCACCCCAACAUCAUAACUUUCAAGGGCGUGUGCACCCAGGCUCCUUGUUAUUGUAUCUUGAUGGAAUAUUGUGCCCAAGGCCAACUGUAUGAGGUGCUGAGGGCAGGUCGUAAAAUCACCCCUUCCCUCCUGGUCGACUGGUCCAUGGGCAUCGCAGGUGGCAUGAACUACCUUCAUCUCCAUAAAAUCAUCCACAGAGACCUCAAGUCCCCAAACAUGCUAAUUACACACGAUGACCUCGUAAAGAUCUCUGACUUUGGCACCUCAAAGGAACUCAGUGACAAGAGCACCAAGAUGUCCUUUGCCGGCACCGUAGCCUGGAUGGCUCCUGAAGUGAUUCGGAAUGAGCCAGUGUCAGAGAAAGUGGACAUCUGGUCCUUUGGAGUGGUGCUGUGGGAGAUGCUCACCGGAGAGAUCCCUUACAAAGAUGUGGACUCAUCUGCCAUCAUCUGGGGUGUGGGAAAUAACAGUCUUCAACUGCCCAUACCCGAGAGCUGCCCCGAUGGCUUCAAGAUCCUCCUCAGACAGUGCUGGAACUGUAAGCCAAGGAAUCGGCCGUCUUUCCGACAGAUCCUUCUCCAUCUGGAUAUAGCGUCAGCUGACGUCCUGUCCACUCCACAGGAGACGUACUUCAAGUCUCAGGCUGAAUGGAGAGAGGAGGUGAAGCAGCACUUUGAGAAGAUCAAAUCUGAGGGAACUUGUCUCCACCGACUCGAUGAGGAACUGAUCAACCGACGCAGGGAGGAGCUCAGGCACGCACUGGACAUCCGUGAGCACUAUGAGAGGAAACUGGAGAGGGCCAACAACCUUUACAUGGAGCUGAGCGCUGUCAUGCUGCAGCUGGAGCUCAAAGAGAAAGAGCUGCAGAGGAGGGAGCAGUCUUUGGAUAAGAAGUAUCCGGGCUUGUUCAAGCACCACAGUUCCAGACAGAGCAGCUCCUCCAACUCCAUGGACAAACUCAUCAAGAAGAGAAACGUCCCACAGAAACUGCCUUCAGGAAAGAGGCCAGACAUCCUCAAGUCUGAGGUAAUCAUUCCAAAAAUGGACUCCUCUGUAAUGCAAGUCACCAUCCCAGCCUGCCCCAACAGAAGCUCCACUUCUCCCAACCGGUCUCGGAGGGUAAAGACCCGUCAUCGCAAGCCUGGGAAGGGCAGCAGUGGGGAUCUGGCCGGACUUAAGGCGAAUCAGUCCUCCCCUAACAGGGACUCAACUGCCCAGGCUAACUACUCCACCACUAACACCUCUAAGCAGCUCCUGGAGCCGUCUGCUGCUCUGCGGAGCCUCAGCCACGAGCAGCAGCAGAGGCAGCUCUCCUCCUCCAGCCCUGACCUCAUCUGUACCACACUGGAGGCAGAGGCCCAGGGGAAAGGAGAGUCCACGGUCGGUGGGCUGGAGAGAGGGGGGAGCCUGAGUGCCUCUGCGGGGUUAGGCGGGUCAGAGGCCGGUGCGGCCGGCAUCGAUGACUUCACAGAAACUCCUCCACGCAGCGACACUCCCAGCGAGGACGCUGCGUCGUUCCCCUUCUCAAGCAGCCCAGACUCGCCAUGUGGGAGGGGGGCGGCGGCAGGACGCGGAUCUCUGGGAUCCCCACGCCUCGGUGAUGGAGAGGACAAAGAUGAAGGAGCUGGUGCUGUGAGGUUGCCCCGGGGGGCAUCAGGGGGAGUUGGAACUCAGCACCUUACACCUUCAGCCAUUCUGUACAGGGCAGCUAUCACACGCAAACAGAGGCGUGGAGUAUCGUCAGAAGAAGAGGAGGGUGAAGUUGACAGUGAGGUUGAGUUACCAAGGAGACGGCGUCCGACCAGCAUCACCAAGUGCCAGUCUGUGUCAACGUUCAGCUCAGAGAACCUGUCAGUGUCAGACGGCGAGGAGGGCCACACGACAGACCACUCUCACAGUGGCACUCCUGACGUGGUCAGCACCAACACUGACGACAGGCUGGACGAUCGCAGCGACGACCUCCUCUCUCAGGGGUCGGAGAUCCCGGCGGACAACACGGAUCCCACGCAGGCCUCCGACGGCCUGUCGGAGAGAGAUGGAGCCAUGGGCCCGACCAAAGCUCAGCAGGGCGAAGGACAGAAUCCUAAUGAGAGCCGGGCCCUGUGCGACGACUCUGACUGCGACAGCGCUGAGCUUGACCAGUCAGGUAGUGGAGAGCCCAGUCGUCCCCCCAGUGCUGGAGCCUGGGCACCGCCAUCACAGUCCUAUCAGGGGUCUCCACAGGUGCCACAUACAGGACCACCAUAGCUCGAUCGAUCACUGGCCACGAGCAAAGACCUCAAGCUAAACCCUACAGCGAACAAUCACCACAGACGUAACACAGAGCUGUCAGUGCAGUACAUUACUGUUGUUAUGAGGGAAUCACACCCACCACACCACUCAGACUAUGACAAGUGGACUUAUGGUGUCUCAUAAGGCUGACAAACCUGCACCAGACGACAUAGGACAUUUGUCAUAACCUGGCAUUCAAUAUUUUUGGCAGCUUUAACAUCAGAUAAAUACCAUUUAAGUUCAAUAGGCAGAAAUAGUUACCCAGGUGUAACCUUAGCCACUGCUCCAGUUCAGCAAAAACUCUUUCACAGACGCACGCACAAGAAGAUACCAACACUCGUUGUCCUUUAAACACUCUAACCCUCACUCUCGGAGCGUCCCGCACGACACUCCACUCCACUAAUGCAUCAAAUACUAAUGAAUAAUAAUGUAAAUAUUCAUUACAUACCACAUGAGAAAUAUCUAACUUUAUUUUAUUUGUAAGAUAAAAACAAAACAAAUGUAAGACUAAACGAUAUGCAGCCCUGUGAACAAAUGCAUGACUACAUGUUUAUAAUUUAUGGUUUGAAUGUGUCGGUUUUAUAUUUUGUGAAAGUUUACACUUUUUUAAAAUCCUGAAAGUAUUACUUGAGUUAUUUUUGAGUUA